CUGUCAGGAGGAGGGAGCAUAGAGGAGAGAGAGUGUGGGCUACAAACUGAGCUGAUAAGAGAGAUAUAAGGAAGUAGAAGACAGUGCCACUAGAGCACUUCACUAACAAGUCACUAGGAAAAGAUUCAGGAUGGUUAUUUGUUUGGCCUCAUCAUAAAGAAAGUAGCAUUUUUCUGAACAGAUUAUGUCAGCAGCAGCAUGAAUGUACUAAACCUGUCAUUCAAAAGGAGCAAAGCCUGAACACUGACAGGCUACGUUUGGUGCCAUUUUCAGCAUCUAGGAUGGGCUGUGCUUGCAGUGGCCAGAAGGAUUAUAAUUUCAACAAGGACAAACAAAAACAUCAGGCCUUAAGCUCUUCCAAUCACACUGGGAAUAAUGGAAACGCAUAUCAAAAUGAUAAUAAUGUGUGUGUGGCUCAACAUGACUUUGUAGCAACCAACAACACUGAUCUACCUUUCAAAAAGGGAGAGAAACUCAAGGUUAUACAAGAAAAUGGAGAGUGGUGGGUGGCACGCUCACUGGUAACUGGUCAGGAAGGCUUAAUACCAUCUAAUUAUGUGGCCAGAGCAGAUACACUGGAAGUGGAAAAGUGGUUUUUCAAAGAUGUGAGUCGAAGAGAAACUGAGCGACUUCUUUUAGCUCCAGGAAACAAACCUGGGUCAUUUCUGAUCAGAGAAAGUGAGACGUGUAAAGGUUCUUUCUCCCUGUCUGUCAGAGAUUAUGUCCUAGAGGAAGGAGAUGUGGUAAAACACUACAAGAUCCGUAAUCUGGACAAAGGAGGUUUCUACAUCACCCCUUCGAAUGCUUUUGUGUCUCUGCAGGACCUGGUCAGAUACUACAACCGUACAGCAGAUGGCUUGUGUCAGCGGCUUCUUUUUCCGUGUAAACCCAGGACCCCACAGAGACCGUGGGCUGCAGAUGAGUGGGAGAUCCCCAGGGAGACGUUGAAAAUGGUGAAAAAACUGGGGGCUGGGCAGUUUGGAGAAGUUUGGAUGGGCUACUAUAAAAACACACAGAAAGUGGCUAUCAAAACUCUGAAGGAGGGGACCAUGGAGCCAGAGGCCUUCCUUCAAGAGGCUAACCUCAUGAAACAGUUAAAACACGAGCGACUAGUGCGACUUCACGCUGUCGUCACCAGGGAACCCAUCCUCAUAGUGACAGAGUUCAUGGUAAAUGGUUCUCUUCUGGAGUUCCUACAGACCAGCGAAGGCAAAAAUUUGAAGCUAACUAAAUUAAUAGAUAUGUCUGCCCAGAUAGCUGAGGGCAUGGCAUAUAUUGAAAUGAAAAACUAUAUCCACCGAGAUUUGCGUGCCGCCAACAUUUUGGUCAGUGAGACCCUUCACUGUAAAAUCGCAGACUUUGGACUGGCACGAAUCAUCGAUUCUGAAUAUACUGCAAAAGAAGGGGCUAAAUUUCCAAUCAAGUGGACUGCUCCAGAAGCCAUUAAUUACGGCACAUUCAGCAUUAAGUCUGAUGUCUGGUCUUUUGGGAUCCUUCUCACAGAAAUAGUCACCUAUGGAAGAAUACCGUACCCAGGAAUGACCAACCCUGAGGUGAUGAAGAUGUUGGAGACGUUGUACCGGAUGCCGUGUCCCGAGGGCUGUCCCAAUGAACUCUAUGAGAUAAUGAUGAUGUGCUGGAAAGAGGAGGCAGCAGCAAGACCCACAUUUGAGUUUUUACAAAGCACACUCAAUGACUUCCUCAUUGCAACAGAGGGCCAGUAUGAGUUACAUCCAUAACCACUGUUGGAUGACCUUCAAUAAUGGACAAAACAGACAUUUAAUACUUCUGAGAGCAAGAACACCUGACACAUCACCAUCUCAAGAUGUUAUCCCUGAAGUGGAAGAGUUACAAUCAAGCACAUUUUACAAGAGCUCUUUUAUAGGUUUGUCAUUAGUUACUAUGUUGUAUAUUUUCUACCCUGUAUUUUGGUAACUUUGUCAAAAGCUGGUGUAAACAGUACACCAUGCUUUUUGUUUGUUUUUUUGGGGUGUUGUAUGUAGAAUUGUAUAAAUGCAGUCUAAGCCGUGCACUUGCAUAUAAGUCAUUGAGAUGCCAACAGGAAGCCCUACAGCCUUAGACCUUGUGGUUUGAUCCCUGGUGGGUGAGACAAUAUCUUGAAGAUAACAGUGGAAUGGCCCCACCAAGCAGGGGUUAAACCCAGCCAUUUCCUGAUUGCAAGGAAACAGGAAGUGUGCGUCAGCGUUCCUCAAAUACCACAUUUAGAGCUGGAGACUGGUGAGGUCCUAUCCUGUACAUAAAAUAUCUUCUAGUUAGUUAUCAAAAUAAAAUAAAUUAUUGGGUAAGAUAAGUGGCUUUGUUGUCUUCAUCGUGUUUAUCAGGAACAGCAGCUUGUGGUCUAACAAGAACAAUAAAAAAAUGAUGCAUCUUUAUGUAUUUUGGAAACCGUUUCUGUUGUAUCAUCAAAACUGUAUUUUUUUUGUUUACUGUAAGUGAAAGUUGGCCUUUGCAAAACCUAGUGAUGUAACUCUGGAGAGAGCCCAGCUGGGAGGGGGGCAACCUCCAAGUGAAUGUGUGUGUUUCAUUUCUUUUAUCACUGAAAGGUGCUGCCAAAAUCACAAUACUGUUAUUGCUAUCCCAUAAAUACAGUUUAUUACCUUCAUUUGUUUAUUGCUUAUAAGUGAUGAUUUUGUAUUUUGUUUUUGCAAAAUAAAGAGGAGGGGAAUAUUAUAAAUGUUGUUAUCCCAACAGUAACCAGUAGAUGUCAGGCUCACACAGGAUGAUGAAAAAAUACAUUUUAUAAAGAACAUGAGCUGAAUGAACAGACCAGUAUUAUUAAAGUCCUUGUUUUAAAUUCAUUCUUUUUGGUGAAACAUACAAUGUAUUAAUUUAGUUUUUCAGAUGUCUAUGUGAAUUCCCACCUCCCAUCAUAUGUUGUUUUACAUUUUGUUAUAUAAAUAAAUAUGUGCAUGGGGAA